GUCUAUGUCAACCAAGUACAGCUUACAGUACCACUUGACCCCGUCAUGUGGUAUAAGCCCAGGCGAGCCCUUCGUGGACCAGGACAAGUUGUAAUCCCCAGAGUAGCAGCGAACAACUUUCCCGACUUCGAGGGAGAACUCGUCAUCGUCACAUCCAAAGACGCCUUGAAUGUCAGCGUUGAGGAUGCUCCGGGAUACAUACUGGGUUACACGGUUGGUAAUGAUCUGACAGCUCGUGGAUACCAAGACCCCAAAAGAGGAGGGCACCAAUUUACUCGAUGCAAAGCGUUCGAUGGUUUCGCUCCGUUGGGACCAGUGUUGGCGAAUGCGCAGUCGUUUGGCGACACGGCCGGCAAGCGGAUCGUUACCAAGGUCAACGGCAAGGUAUUCCAGAAUAGCGACUGUGACUUGAUUCACGAUGCAGCUACGCUAGUGAGCUUUCUUUCGCAAGGCACGACGUUACCUGUAGGGUCUGUGAUAAUGACAGGAUCUCCCCCCGGCAUCGGAUACUUUUCCAAUCCCCAAUAUCAGCUAAGGGAUGGAGAUGUCGUGUCCGUCGAAAUAGGCGGAAUUGGCACUCUUCUGAACACCAUGGUUUUUGAGUAG